UGAGAAAUUGAAAAUUACGUCUUGGGAAGCAGCGCAACUGGUGGAGGUGCAGCGUCUUAUCAGUGGGCGUUUUACGACUUUCUGUCCUUUAAAUGUCUCUGUUGAUGUUCGAGACAUUUUCUUCGCCCACUGGAAGCGCUUAAAAAGCUUAAAACAAUCCCGCCUAUUUAUAACUCCGGAAGGUUUUGUUCUUUUCUUUCGGCUGAGUUUGAAACUGACAAGAAGUAACGCUCAAGAUGCGUUUUCCUACCAUUCUUGCACUGUUGUGGUCCCAUUUUUCAAGGGUUUUUCCUGCUCCAGUAGACACUGUCAUCCUUCAGAUCCAGCAGAGGGGAGUGAUGGGAGCUCAGGGCUUCACAGAGCGGGUUCUGGUCAAUGGAGUCUCUCUCUCUGAUUUAAGUCCGGGUGUCAGCAGUGUGAUCCAAACCAUGUCAUCUGAUGCACUCCUCCCAGCUCUUCUCAGCAGCAACAACACCUCAGCACUGAGCAACCACACCAUCCUUCAUUCUCGAGAGUGCAUACUGGAGGGGUCUCGGCUGCACUGGACGGACCGUGUGUUUUAUGAUGGCAAGGUCUGUCUGACUCUGGAUCACCAUGACAUAUGGACAGUCCACGAGCCCCAAGCACUGACCCUCAAAGAGCUGUGGGACCAGGAAGUGGAGCGCAUCAAGGCAGAGAGGGUAAACCUACAGGAGAGCUGCGUUAGGCUGAUGAGGGAAUUGAGGCUCUCUGAGGAACAGUCAGCUGCAGGGAUUCCCUUGCCUCAGUUUCUGAUCCCAAUCUUGGCAGCUCUCGCACUCAUCGGACUAAGUGUCAUCAGCCUCUGCGUCUCCAAAAAGAAGGGUUUGAGGCCCCCUGCAGGUGUUGUUGGCUCCCUUAUACAUUACCCCAAGGAUAUGACUGCAGUGGCUCCAGAGAGAAAAGAUGGCUACCAUACCUUAGUUCCAGCUAAAUAACGGGUUCAUGUUUGAGCCUCCAACCGUGUUUCUGCUGUUAAAUGUCCACUCACUGAUGUAACCCCUCAAUACUCUGUGUUGACUGUGUUGCUCCAUGAAUGUAACCACGUCUUUGCUGCCUUACCAAAUGCCUACUGUAAUACACCAGUGAAAAUACUUGUGAUCUGAACUAUUUUAUGCACUUUAACAUGCAUGUAUUACACCUCUCACACCGGUGUUUCUAUUGCAUAUACUUUAAAUAGUUAUCCAUAUGCAUACAUAUAUAGAAAUGUCAAUAUAUUCACUGUCUGCUGUACUGUACAAAUUUCUUUUUACACAAGUUGUUUUUGUUACUUUUCAGGGCAGAUGUGUUUGCCAGUCAUAGUUUGUGAUCUAAGCUAUUCAUGUAAACAGUUUAAAAGAAAUGAAGAAUGAAAAUGAUCUUGUUCAAUCACAGAGAGUAUCUAUGGCAAGUUAUGACAAUGUGAGAAAUCAUCAUACAGUUUGUAGAUAAAUCUGAAAUUCAGUUGUUUUGAUGGACCAAUCACAGUAAAACUCUGCCAAACACAUGGAAUCUUUAAGUGAAUUUUUUUUUGUUGCUGUAAAUUCUUGUUAUUGUGUAUAUGUAGUUUUUGUUCUGAUUGCUGUUCAUGAAAUAUUUACAGAUAAUAAAGAAAUAUUUUUGA